UGUACACCCUACACCUGUUGUAUAUAUACUUUACACUGUAAGCUCCUUUCUGUACUUCUGCACAUUUAGAUCUGUCUAUGGGAGGCAGCGCUCUGAGCUAUAUUACCCAGAUAAGGAGCUGUAUGUGUUUUUUAAAGCCCGUCACUAAUCUGGUCUGGGGAAUGCUGGGGGAAUUACUGGGGAUGUGUGUGUUUUUGCCCACUCUGAAGGGCAUCAAGUACAAAUCCCACUCUGUCAGCUGUGUAAAGAGAGAGAGGAGAGAUAGGAUCUAGCCUGCACCUCCCGAUCUCUCCCCGAGAACGGUAGUGGACAUCCUGGACUGACACUGGACACAGUGCACCAUUUUGUCUUUUUUAGAGGAGGAAGAGGACUGGAAGGCAGUGAAGGUGAGAGAGAGAAACGUGAGGUCCCAGGCUCUUUCCUAGGAAAAUGGACUGACCCUCGAUGGGACCUCUGGGGAAAGAAAAUAACUUUCUUCAUUUCUCUCUCGCAUUGCUGGAAAUCUUUCAUCCCCAAACAGCACUGCUCUUGUUCCUCUCUAAUGCUCACUGAUUUAGAAGUUGAUUUUAAUGUAAUUGAUUUACUGUAUUAGUAUCAGUCCUGAAAGAGGUGUGGUCUCUGUAUCCCAUUUCAAGAUGUCUUGAAAGAUGUUUUUUGCUCUCCUGAAAGGAGCGAGAAUUUGAUUUUUUGGCUGUUUCUGAACCAGAACCAGACGUGGUGCCAGAACCCUCUCGGACCAGCGCCGCAGAACAGCUGAACCCGUUGAGCCAACGAGCCAGAACCGGAUCAUUGGCUUCACUUGUGAAACAGAGGAGCAGAGAGCGGCGAUGGGAAUUUGAUACAAAUUAACCUGCGUUUAAAAACUUCCGGAUGGAAAUACGAGAGCCGGCUGUCCAAUUCCUGAUUUUAGAAGCUACCUUGAUGGAACUCUGGGAGGUGAGCUUCUGUAUUGGCACCAGAUGGUCCGAACUGUUCCGAUUCCUUGUUUUUAUAUAGCGCCUUCCACCCCGAAGAAUCUCAGAGCUCCUUGCACAUACAGGAGGGACCCAGCGGCAGUGACACAGCAGCCCCCCUGCACGCGGAUCAGGGGUGCAGGGAGACACUGCUGCACCAGCUGGGUCAAAUCGGGAAUUUGGGGAGACCCGAUAAGUGUGAUCUUGUAAGACGACAGCAAGUGCAGAUCGGGGCUCUUUGGCCAGUCCAGGGGAUCGUCUCUUGUUAAUUACCCUGUGGCCCGGCUGCCCGUGUUUGAAAACACCGGGCGUGUUUAGAGCAGCUUUUCCUGCCCUUCUCCCCUCGCCCCCAGAGUGCUGCCCCCGCAUGCUCGUGUGUCUUAGGGACUUCACCUCCUGCUGUCGGAGACGUUGAGAUCAGAAGGCGGCCCUUCAGCAGAGCAGAUCUGCCCUCGAAUGCAGAGCCGCUGCUGAGAGCCCACAGGGGGAGCCAUGUUUGCCGGCUCGUCCCGGGGCUCGGUGGGGGUGGCCGGGGCCGGGAAGGGGGGCAGGCUGACGGUGGAGGAGCUGUACGGGAUCUCCAGCGGCAAGCGGGCCAAGGCAGUGGGCACGGCCCUGGGGCUGCGGGCGGGGCCAGGCGGGCGCGGGCGCGGCGGCGGCGCUGGCGGCAGGGGCAGGGCUGAGAACGGCACGCUGGCCUCGCAGAUCCUGGAGGCGGCGCGGAGGCUGAUGGAGCGCCGGCGGCUGGAGCUCUUCCUGCGGGAGUGCAGCGUCUCUCUGGCGGACAGCGUGGCGGACCGCACCGGCAUGAUCUACAGGAACCUGGGGAAAUCUGGCUUAAGAGUGUCCUGCCUGGGACUGGGCACCUGGGUCACCUUCGGCUCCCAGAUCUCUGACGAGAUGGCGGAGAGCCUGAUGACAAUCGCGUACGAGAGCGGCGUGAAUCUUUUUGACACGGCGGAGGUGUACGCCUCUGGGAGAGCUGAAGUCACCCUGGGGAAUAUAAUCAAGAAGAAAGGAUGGAGGCGCUCCAGUUUCGUGGUCACCACCAAGAUUUACUGGGGAGGACAGGCGGAGACAGAGAGAGGACUGUCCAGGAAGCACAUCAUUGAAGGGCUGAAGGGAUCACUGUCCAGGCUGCAACUGGAGUAUGUGGACAUUGUGUUUGCCAACCGUACUGAUGCCAACAGCCCGAUGGAAGAGGUGGUGCGGGCCAUGACCUUCGUGAUCAACCAGGGCAUGGCCAUGUACUGGGGCACCUCCCGUUGGAGUGCCAUGGAGAUCAUGGAGGCGUACUCCGUGGCGCGGCAGUUCAAUCUGAUCCCUCCGGUCUGCGAGCAGGCGGAGUAUCACUACUUCCAGAGGGACAAGGUGGAGGUGCAGCUGCCUGAGCUCUACCAUAAGAUCGGGGUGGGCGCGAUGACCUGGUCCCCACUGGCCUGCGGCCUGAUCACGGGAAAGUACAGUGAGGGCGUCCCAGACUGCUCCCGAGCCGCCAUGAAGGUGAGACCCCGAUAUAGACUGAGACCCCAACACACCGACACUGACUGAGACCCCAACACACUGACGCAGAAUGAG